AUGCCGCGCCAAGUCACCGACGAACCCGGGCCCUCGCGCCCACGCUUCCAAACCGUCCGUAGCGCCCGCAACUCCAAACACGACGUCCCCUGCGGCGAAAACUGCCUUGUCUACCCCAACGGCAAGCUCGACCACACGCCAGGGGGCGUCUUCGGUAAGUUUGCGCAGUACCUCGAGCUCGAUCUUAAGACGCGGCCGCCGAGGGACACCUGGGUCGAGGAGAAGGAGUGGGCGGCACCGGAACUGUGA